CCGUACCAGUUUCAACUUAGUCUUGCGCCACCCUGCCUGACAUGCAGUCGUAAUUCACGACCAGAACAUAUCACUGUGUACGUAUUCGCACUGGCAGAAUGGCAACGCACAGCUGCACCUGAUAGAGGCAACAGCACCAGAUCGGCCCUGUGCACUCUUCUCACAACACGAACACGUCGAACAAUGCCACAUUUUUCACAAAAUUUUCACUAAUCACGAAAUGACUAGUUUUUACUAUUGCACUUGUUAACUCGCACAGUAGUUUGUAAGACAUAAUAUACAACGCACUGCACCAUUGCACCGCACUCGAGGGGCACACCGUUACAAGAUGCACAUAAGUUCAUUAACGACGAGCGUAUUUAUUUGGUGGGUUUGGUUCGGAAGCACAGCAGCGUUCGCGCUGCCUAGAACUAAAGAAUACAGAGGAUCAAGCGAAGUUGUCUCGGGCAAGAAUGGCGUCGCAGGGGAGCCAAGCUGCGAAGAGCUGAAGGCGAUGUGGAGGUUUUCCAAACGUCAGAGCAGAGCAGCAGAGAUCACAAAUGAAAUACCCAUGUAUAGAGACCCCUUUUCCGAUAACGUUUGGGAACCUUAUUAUGCUACCUCUAGGAGUAUGGGAGGUAUGCGAAUGGGCGGCAAGUCCAAAGGCCGGCCUGUCUUUGGUCGCGUGUAUUACAAGGCCCCAUUACGCAUCCAAGACUUGGCCGAAAGAAAUCGAGCCUUCGAAGAGGUAGCCAAGAUGUAUGGAACGGUUCAGAGACAAACCGAGCCAAGAAGGAGGAUAACAGCGUUCAGAUUGUCAGGAGGAGGUCAUCUACCUUCCCUCGGCCUUACUCCACAAAGUGGAAGUUUCCAGCAUCUGAAGGAGCUAAUUAGAACAGAGCGUGCCAGAGAGCUGCAAGAACAGCGGAUGGCGGAAGAAGUAGCAGCUCGUGCAGCCGCUCUUAAGGAGUUAGCUGGAAGUCACCGGAGUCAGGCAAACUAUCGUGAUAUAAACUACAAUUAUGACAUUGAUGGAAGAGAGGAUCAGCGAGAAAGUUACAUGGGUCGCGGCGGACUUUUAGGUUUCCCAGAUUUGUUGGUCCCAUCAUCUCGGCAAGACCCUGAUGACACACGUUUCAUCCAAGAUUAUGGCUAUUCAAGAGAUAGGCCUAGAGCCCAGAGCUCUUCACUCUUUGACACCAGUUCAUUUAACGUCGACGAUUUUGACGGACUGAUGCUGUAAAAGUGCGUUAGUGGUCGUCGGAAAGUCCAUUUGGUUCAAUGUUUUAUCCAUCAUAUUAUUCCAUACAGCUUGUAUGCUUUAUACUUGAGAUUGAACUUUGACUUUGACGUGCUAUUACACAUAAUCGUAUACAAAACUAGAUAGGUUUAUUAGAAGUAGGUGUAAAAAUUAAGACUAUGGAGAGAUCUGUAAAAUAAUGCGAACUCAUUGUUGACUCUAAGAUAUAAAUGUUUUAUAGUCUUUUAGGAUGUGGACUGAUUUUUAAAUAAAUUUUUCGGCAAGGCCAGGAUUUUUGGAUGCUAUUUUGAUAAAAAUCUUCGUGCAGAUACACACUUAUUUUUCUAUCAUUCAUAUUAUUCUUAUGUGAUCAUGAGAGGCUGGUAUGAUCCAUAUUCCAAUCGCGCCACUGUUACCUUACGAUUGUUUUUAUCAUUUUCGCAUCCUCUUGCUUGUAAAAUGCCAUGACAUUUGUAAUUAGUACCAUUUUAUCACGUUGGCCUGAUAUUUUUCAUCAACGAUAUCCUGUUAUUCUAAGUCCACCGAUUUUCAGUUUUGAGCCCGUUUAAGAUACCACAUGUUGGGGAUGAAAAAUAUGAGGUGGUUUCUAAUGUCACGACGGACACUAUUUUAAUGCUUUUUUAUAUUUGAAAAAAAAAAAGGAACAAACUUGUUAGGUACAAUAGAUAUUGUUGGCACAAUCUUGAAACACCCAACCAGAAUUAUUUUGUUGCGACGGCUUCGGUAAUGAUGCAUAUGAAUACAGCCAUAUCACCACCAACACUACAGAUCCAAACCGAAUAGGAACAUAUCACAAAAUUCUAUCAAUCAAAAAGAAUAUCGCUGGUACAACAUAUCUAGAUAUUAAAAUGGCAGGUAUCGUUAAAACAUCCGAGCGGCAAGCAAGUUUUCAAACAAAGGCCUAAUACCACUUUCAGUAUUAAUGUUGAUAUUACAUAUAACAAGUCUUCCCUAAUAUUAGAAUAACUAGACCCGUAGUUUAAGAAUGCAACAUCUGCACAGGAACAGUUAUCUGUAGUUCAUCAUCACAUCCGCUUACGUUCAAAUUUACAUCAUCAAUCUAUCUUAACGCGAAGUACAAACACUGGUCAGGUUAGGUCUACAAACCACGAGUGUAAAUUUUUACGUAAGGAUGUAAAGGUGUGGUACUUGACGGAAAGUUUAAUUGAAAUAAUGUGAUGAAUUCGACAAUAACAAAGUUUUAUUUUUUGGAUUCUGAAAUAUUCUGAUACAUCUAUUUAAACUACUUCUAAUUAUUUAAAGUGCAAUUUAAAUGUUUAGAAUUAGUCGGCUGAUCUGCAGUGACAAUAAAUUUUCGUCAAUUUCAUCCUAUUAUUAUAAAAAAUUAUGGAAGGAGUGUCUGUGUUGGCGAAACCAAGGGCCAACGUUUUACCAACAUAAAUGCUUCGUCUAAAUAGAACUAAUCAUAAGUAGAUGUAUGUAUUUUUAAUAGCAACAUUCUGAACAUUGUCAUCAGUGCAUGUUUGUAUCUGUAUUAUGCUGUAACGCCCUUUGUCUCCAAUCAUAUCUAACAACUCUCAAUCCAUUAUGUAUUCUGUGAUGUAAGAAAUACUGACAAUAGAAACAAACACCUUGUGUGGGGUCUGAAUUAUCAAUUCAUUACCACCUAUAAUAGUAGCAAAUUAUUUUAUAUGUAAUAUUUGUAUGUAACUAUACGUACCUAUAAGCAGAAUAAAUUAUAUUAGCAAGCAUCAA